GGACCAUAAAUUUAAAAGCGAUGCGAAGCACCAACAGAGAAAGAAAGAAAAAAAAAAAAAAAACAAAACACAGAGCCCAAUAGCAUUGCGGCAUUGGCAGUGGCUAGAUGGCUACAGACCUCUCUCUUCCCACGCUAGUCUUAUCCAAAAUCCACCGCAAGACCUUACCAAUUUACCUAACUAGAAAACCUCGCUUGUCAUCUCCGUCGCUCCCCACUACUUAUCCUCUCUCCAUUUCCAAAAAUGCCGUCCCCAAGCUUCGUCUCCUUUGUCAGACUGCCGGAACGCAGUCUACUGGUGUCUCAGGCUUUGAAUUCGCUGCCCAAGUUGGCCAACAUCGUCUUUGCAAGGUUCCUAUUUCCAAUAUCAGAAAUUUCUGCAUCAUAGCGCAUAUUGAUCACGGGAAAUCAACUUUGGCCGAUAAAUUGCUUCAAAUGACUGGGACUGUGCAGCAGCGGGAAAUGAAGGAACAAUUUCUUGAUAACAUGGAUUUGGAAAGGGAAAGAGGCAUCACAAUCAAAUUACAGGCAUCUAGGAUGCGCUAUGUUUAUGAAAAUGAACCAUAUUGCCUGAAUUUGAUUGAUACUCCUGGACAUGUAGACUUCUCCUACGAGGUUUCUCGCUCACUUGCUGCUUGUGAAGGUGCUCUCCUAGUUGUUGAUGCUUCUCAGGGAGUCGAAGCACAAACACUUGCUAAUGUUUACUUGGCCUUGGAAAACAAUCUAGAAAUCAUCCCUGUUUUAAACAAAAUAGAUCUUCCAGGUGCAGAGCCAGAUCGAGUCAUCCAGGAGAUUGAAGAGGUUAUUGGUUUAGAUUGUAGCAAUGCAAUACGCUGCUCUGCAAAGGAGGGAAUAGGUAUAACUGACAUUUUGAAUGCAAUCGUCAAGCGGAUUCCUUCACCAUGUGAUACUGCAGAAAUGCCUUUGAGGGCUUUAAUAUUCGAUAGGGUGUAUUGCAUUGUUAAAUUCUUCUGCAGUUAUUACGACCCAUAUCGUGGUGUUAUUGUUUAUUUCCGGGUCAUAGAUGGGAGUAUAAAGAAAGGUGACAGAAUUUAUUUCAUGGCUAGUCAGAAGGAUUACUUCGCUGAUGAAAUUGGAGUUUUAUCCCCCAAUCAGUUGCAAGUGGAAGAAUUAUAUGCUGGUGAAGUAGGUUACCUUUCUGCUUCCAUAAGAUCAGUAGCAGAUGCCAGGGUGGGUGACACUAUUACACACUACAAUAGAAAGGCAGAAAUCUCACUACCUGGAUACAAGGAAGCCACUCCAAUGGUGUUCUGUGGCCUGUUUCCAGUUGAUGCAGACCGGUUUCCUGAGCUACGUGAUGCAUUGGAAAAACUUCAGCUCAAUGAUGCUGCAUUAAAGUUUGAGCCUGAAACAUCAAGUGCCAUGGGUUUUGGUUUUAGGUGUGGGUUCUUAGGUCUUCUCCAUAUGGAAAUUGUUCAGGAAAGGCUUGAGAGGGAAUACAAUCUGAGCUUAAUAACUACCGCUCCAAGUGUUGUAUACAGAGUGAACUGCGUAAACGGUGAUAUUGUUGAGUGCUCAAAUCCAUCUUUACUUCCUGAACCAGGAAAAAGGACAUCAAUUGAGGAGCCAUUUGUGAAGAUUGAAAUGCUUACUCCAAAAGAUUAUAUUGGUCCACUUAUGGAGCUUGCUCAAGAUAGAAGAGGAGAUUUUAAAGAAAUGAAAUUUAUAACCGAGAGUAGAGCAUCUCUUACAUAUGAAUUACCCCUGGCUGAGAUGGUAGGUGAUUUCUUUGACCAGCUGAAGUCCAGGAGUAAAGGAUAUGCUAGCAUGGAAUAUACUUUUGUUGGGUACAAGGAAAGUGAUUUAAUAAAGCUUGACAUUCAAAUAAAUGGUGAUCCAGUGGAGCCAUUGGCUACUAUAGUGCACAAGGACAAGGCAUAUUCUGUGGGGAGGGCUUUGACUCAAAAGUUGAAAGAGCUUAUACCACGACAAAUGUUUAAAGUUCCUAUCCAAGCAUGUAUAGGAGCAAAAGUUAUUGCUAGUGAAUCCUUGUCAGCAAUUAGAAAGGAUGUUUUGGCCAAAUGUUAUGGUGGGGACAUUUCAAGGAAGAAGAAGUUACUCAAGAAACAGGCUGAAGGGAAGAAGAGAAUGAAAUCAAUAGGUAAGGUAGAUGUACCUCAAGAAGCUUUCAUGGCUGUAUUGAAACUUGAAAAGGAGGUAUUAUAAUCAAUUAUGUUACUUCCCAUCUGGCUUUUAGAUAAUUACUUCUAGUUAUGCAAUUGAAAUUUGAAUUUUGUUGUAUAUUUUAUUUUCCCUUUAUAGUGGUCAUAGCUGAUAUAGGCCAUGCCAUGUUGCCAAAUCCAUUGUCGUGUAGUUGUCGACAUUUGGAUCAAAAUUAUGUAUUAUAUCCAAUCAAGUUUUGCAACAUGGCUUAUAAACUUUCCCCCCUUUCACCCAAAACCGCUAAAUCAUUGCAGGAAAAGAAGUUGCAAAUGGUUUUUAUGGAUGGAAGUUUUAUUCA